AUGGAGCAUUGCAAUUCGGCCAUUACACCAUGUGAGGCAAGGCUACAACUGUUCAAGAGUGAGGAUGAGCAAGAUGUGGAUCCAACUCAAUAUAGGAUAUUGAUUGGAUCAUUGCGUUAUUUGUGCAAUACACGAUUGGACUUGGCAUUUAGUGUUGGUAUUGCUAAUAGAUUCAUAGAGAGGCCUAAGGUGUUUCAUAUGGCAGCGGUCAAGAGGAUCCUUAGAUAUGUUAAAGGAACUCUUGGUUGUGGAAUUCUCUUUCCGGCAUUGGUACGAGCCGAAAAUGUGAUUUACUUGGUUUCACCGAUUCCAAUUGAUGUGGUGAUAAAGAUGAUAGAAAAUCAACUGAUGGAUACAUCUUUAUGUUUGGUAGGACUCCAAUCUCUUGGUGUUUGA